UUGUUCGAAAAUAUUAUAAUAUAAUAUUAUUAUCACGACCGACGACAUUUGGUGACCGACACCACAACAACAGCGACAGCAGCAGCAGUUGUAUUACGUCCGCGAAAAUAAUAAUAAUAAUAACGACUACUGUUUUUUAUUUUUUUGACGUAGCCCUGAAACCGCUGUCAGCAUAUAUUAACGACGAAGCUUUUUUUCAUUUUUUAUUUUUACGGGCACGAGUAUAUACAUUUUUUUUCCCCCAAAAUAUUUUACGAUAAUUUUGAUUUUUUCUUCGCCCCGUCACCGAAACCGGACACGUCGCUAAACAUCGUUUCUAUUGUUGUUAUCAUUAUUAUUAUUAUUAUUAUUACAGCGCAGUCGGAGUAAAAAUGGCCGAAUUCGUAUUUUGUCGACACAUCUUCGUGAUCCAGGUAAAUUAAAAAAAAUAUUGCGGCGUAUACUGUAUAAUAUUAUAAUAACGAUAGGCCCGCGGAAAUGCAGCAGUGCUUGAAUCUUGCGACGAUGUAGGGGGCGGGGUUAGCAGUAAACCCGAAAGUUCCAGGAUAAAGGACACAAGAACAUAAUAUUAUAAUACGCACAUAGUCACGAAUUCCAAAUUUCGAGACAAUUAGAUAUUUAAGAGUUUAUUUUUCCGAAUUUCUUUCCUGCUUCAUAUAUGCAAUUUGUUAACUCAUCUACUGUUUUCACCCCGCUGGACCGUGCUUGUGUUCUUGUGUAUAACCCAGGGAGGGGGCGAGCAGUACCUACUUCUUCAAAUGUACCUAAUAUAUUUUAUAUAAUGAUUAAUACAGAGGGCGAAGUAUUUAUCUCGAAUAUAAGGUAAGUAUAAAGAAAAAAAAUAUAUUAUUAUACCGAAAAAAAAAAUCAAAAAUUUAGGACCAUUCAAAACGGAUAUUUUUUCUUUUUGUCACAAACACAAUAUAAGAUUACGCAGCCUAGCAAUUUAGACAGAUUUUCAGUCUAUCUGAUCGACGCAGUGAAGCAAUCGAAAUUCUGAAUUCGAAUUCAACGUGCAAUGUACACAAUAUUGGUCUGGUCACUUUUUUGAAUAAUUUCAGACGUGAAUUAUUCCUGAAAAUGUAAACAUUAAAAAAAUACACAGAAAAACAAAAACUAAAAUUAAUUUGGAUGCAGACCUGGGAUGAUCUCAUGCAAACUUUACGCUGAAUAUUGCUCAAUUCUAUUAUCUGUUAUUCAUGAUCUGAUGGACAAAAUAAAUUGCUCUAAUUUGCUAUGUUUCUUAAAUGUCGGACAAAAAAUGGUAACAUACACGUUUCGAAUCCCCGGUAAGUAAAUUAAAAUUAGAAUAUUUAUCCCCCCCUCCUCGUUACUCUUUGUAAAAUAUUAAAUUAUAUAACCACAUAGUUUGUUUUACAAUGUUUAGUUUUUGUUGUCAAAUCUAUUUUUAAUUAGGUGUUUCGAACAAAAAAUUUCCUUAUAACCUUAAAACUAUGAUUUUUAACCAGUAUAAUGUAUUAUUAUAAUAUCUCUCUGCACCUAUAGAAGAGCUUUAAUAAAUCAAACUUUGAUAGUUCAGAAACUUUGCCAAUUUAUAGGGGAAAAUCGUUAGCACGUUUUUUUGAGACGUAUGUAUCGGCGUACGGAAAAAACUGGACAGUUGAAAUUUUUUUUAUUAUUCUAUAUUAUCAUUACAUACCAUUUGUUUAUAUAUACGUAUUUUAAAUUGCAUACAAAAACAGGACCUAUUAUCACGUUUAAAAUGCCAUUAAAAUAUCUUAGCGUUAUAAAAUGAUACGUUAUGAAACAAAGAAAAUUCAUAGCACCUAUAUUUCACUUAGUUUUUUAUAUUCGGUACCGUACUUUCGAUUUUUCACGUCACGUGUGAAUAUUGAGCUAUUUUUAGAAGUUUAAGAGAUUCUCGCUAUUCACACCACUCAGUUUCGUAUUUAAAACAGAUCGUAAAUUAUUUUAGUUUUUCUUUGUUACUAGGAUUCUGAGAGAUUAAACCCGAAACCCCCGAGAAUUUAUCAUUAUUGAUGUCGUUGUUGCUGUUGUUGUUUUUGUCGUUGCAUAGUACAACAAUGUCAAUUUAAAUACAUCGAAAUUGAUUAUUCUCUGUUUACAAAUUGAAUCCGAGUAUUCAAUAUGUAUUAUACCUAGUGUAGCGUGCACACUUGUACUGAAAUUGAUUCCGAUUGAAUUUUAUCGAGCAAUACUACAUGCUUGUUUUAUUGCCCGUAUUUCAUUUUAAAUUCGUAAAUCACGUAUAAACACACAUGUUAAAAUCGGGUAUUUUCACGUAGCCAAUAUUUACUCUUUCUAUAUUAUAUAAUAUUAUGCUUAUAUUUAAAAAAAAAAAAAAACAAAAACAAAAACACCGACACAGAUUAUUUCCCUGCAAUAUAUAAAAUAAAUGACUUGCUUCCAAUAAAGUGAAUUUCAAUAAAAUAAAAUAAUACAAUUAUUCUAAUAAUUGGUUUAAAUCUAGCACGGAAAACUAUACGUCUAACAAUAAAAUUUAUAAAUAUCUUGCCUAACCCAACCUGUUUUUUUUUCUGUUAGACAGUAAAAUAUCCGACGUUACCUCGAAACUAAUCGUUUAUUUAAAAAAAAAAAAAAAAUAAAAAUGCAUCGCCUAUAUACACGAUGUCGUUCAUUUAAGAAGAUUUCAAUUUGAACUCACCAGAUGGGCUUUACAUUCAUCCAUUUUUCGGCUUGCAAUACAAUACAUCAUCCUUAAUUAAUCUAACCUCGAAUGAAUAAUGUUCGUAUUUUAUUGGUUAACUAAUAAAGAAUGCGAUUUUAACUUGAAAUAUACUCGCAAAAACGUUGUUCGCAGUUAGGCAUUAAUUUAUCAUUGACGGUGUUUAUUAACGUCAGAUGUCUAAUUAAAACUCGCAAGGAAAUAAUAAUAUAAUUGUAUCUCAGUACAGCUCGGUGUCUAGAAAUAAAGUUGUUAAUUUCUUUAAAAUUGUUCAAUGGAAUUAUAUCUAUUAUAUCUAACGUUGUAUAUCACAGCUAGAAGCAAAAUUGCCCAUGACACUGAAAAAUCGUUAAAUGAAUAUAGAAUUAAUUUUUUUUAUAUGAUGCAAUAUUUACAAUUUUUGUUAUUUUUCUCUUGUCUCUAUAUAAAUUCAACGACCAUUCAAUCUCACAUUCGAUCAGUUGUCUUUUUAGAUCAGACCUCCAGGAUUUUUCGGCCAUCUCGUUCUGGGCAUUCUUAAGAAGUCUUUUUUUGCACGAAUUUCAUCACCGCUUUUAUAAGCUCGUUAUGAUUCCUAUACAAACAUGUCUCUCCUAUUGUAAUUUAAUCGGCUCCUUAUUGCGUUUACCAAAUUUGUGGAUAAUUUUUAGAAGAUACGAGUAAUAUUUUAAAAUUUGAGUUUUAUUUGUUCAACCACUUUCCGAGUGAACAAAAGAAACAUUUAUAUUUAAGGCCCGGAUUUAAGUGCAAAAUGCAUCUUUUUUUGAGUGAUAUUAUACAAUACUUUCCAAGUACAUAAUUUGAUUCAUGUAACACAUAUUUAAAAUAUGACAUUUUUGUUUUGUUUUGUUUUGCAUUUUUCAAUACUUUAUCAUUUUUAAAACAAUUUGUACAAAAUACGAGUAUAUCUGUACAUAAUACAACCAUCGAUUAAAUAUACUUGGUAUAUAUAAUCUAUGAUACGACUUAAUAAUUUAAAUUUAGCUAAUUCAAAAUAUUACCCAUGUUUUUUUUUGGGUUGUCCAGUCAUCAGUCAAUACUAUUGUUAUAUCGUCAUUAGUCACAAGUCAAAUUUUCAAUUUUCAAUUUUUUUUUUUUUUUUUAAAUAAAAUAAAAAUAUUAUUAAUUACCCAAUAAAAUAAUAAAUUUAAAAAUUGUAUGUUAUUUUUUAAAGGUUUUUUCGCAAUAAAAUGCAUUUUUUGUAAAGGUAUUUUGUGGAGCCUUUUUUGAUGAUUUUUAGUGCAUUUAAAUCGGGGCACUACUUAUAAUAUUACUUUGUUACAAAAAUAUAUUGAGCUGCAAUUUUUUUUUUACAAAAACAAAUCGUUAAUGACGGUGAUGAGUAGUAUGACAGAUUGGCCUUCCAACACAUUUUGUUUUUGGACUGAAAAUCAACGGACUUCUGAAUAGCUAAACGAUUCAAGUAGUGAAAACUAUUCUUGCAAAAUUCACAAUCGUUUAAGAAAUAAGAACGCACACAGAUGAUGGACAGUCAGACGGACACUGCAGAGCAAAUCAUAAAGUAGCUCACGUCGCUUAAUAAUACAAUUAAGUAAACUUCCUAAAUCGUUUUUGAAUUGACCAACCGAAAACUACGCUUUCCGUUUGUUUUGGCGGUGAAUUUGCAAUAAUAUUAUUACGGACGAGUUGUAUGCACACGACACUUGAAUACCGAAUAGUAGUGCGGAAGUGAUGCUUUCUGAAAAGCUUUUCAAGUGCGUUUCAUUGUACGACGACACCGAGGUUCGGUUAAACUGCACGGUGUACACUCGCAGCUGAAAAUCUGAUUUAUUAUCGCGUAAUACGAGUUCGCAGUGGCAUGCAUUGUGGUAUUAUUAUAUUCAUGUGAAUAUAGGUAACUUUCUGGCGAACUGAAGUAUUAUUAGUUUGCGAGUAAUUACAGUACAUAAUGCGUGAGCCGGUUAUACUUGUUUUAUACGGGGAUUUGGUAGAUCUAUGAGUUGAUAGUUCGUUUUAACAAAUACAUUUUCGAUAUCAUACAAGGUGAUUUCUCGGUUUCCGCUCAUCCUACAAAUAUAUAAUGAUACGAUGUUUACAAAUAUUGUGCAAUAUAUAAAUACACACAGUAUGUAUUAUAUACAGCGAUAUGGAUGGUGGGGCGUUAUUUAAAUAUAAUUGUAUUCGAUUAAAUUAUUGUUCUGAUGAAUUUUUUAUAGUCAUUCGGUUAAUUUUCGUUUAUUUCGUUCGAUUAAACAUCGCUUGGCUGCACGUGUCCCAUCUAUUUAUUUUUGUACAGAGGUCGAUAUUACGAUAGAAAUCUAUUCGAAUAAUAAUUUUUUUUACUCAAAUACACAUUUAAGUACUAGAAUUAUUAUCUAGGUACACAAUUUUGCUCGACCUUAAUUGCAGGUACCUAGACGUUUGAUUUUAAAACAUACAGCAACUAGCACGUUUUUGAAACCGGUCGGAAUCGAAAAUCCAAUUGUUUUUUUUUUAGACAUUAGAGUUUCAGUUACCGCUGUUAAACAUGAAUUAUUUACACCGGAUUAGAAAACCUUUCUUCACUACUCCAGUAAAAAUAGAUGUACUCAAUGUCCAGUUGUUGUGAGAUUCAAAUCGGAAUUUAAAAACUUUAUAUUUUGCUAUUUGACUAUCAAGUCGCAGAUUUGUGCCUAAGUAUUUUGAACAAAUGAAACCAUUCAAACUGUUCUAUGUAAGAUCUGGCAAAAAAUCCGAAAUUGUAUCUGAACAUAUUUGUUAAUAAUCUAACGCCCGGGCUUGUAUAUUAUAUCGCGACGCACUCUGUGAAUAAAGGCUGUGAAACUUUUCAAACAAUGCGACUUAUGUGUGUUGCCGUUCGAUUUAUAUACGCUCGAAAUAUUCGAAUGGUCGAGAUUAAGCUGUUUGAUAUAUAUAUAUAAAAAAAAAAAAUAAUAGAGGUAUAAAGCGAAACGUUUAAAAGAAGUUGUGGAUUUGAGAAUUUAUGGCAAAGAGGCCGAUAGGAAGAAGACUGUAACAGCAAAAAAAAAAAAAAAUAAAAUACAAAAUAAAUAAAUAAAAUAAAGGUUUCUUCAAAGGCACUCGAUGACAAAAAGUGAAAAUAAAAAAAAAAUUAAAUUAUCAUAAUCGGUGUAUUUUUUUUUCGCGGUAUGAAGUUCGCUCACGUCACCCUACCCCCACACUGAUCGCUAAAACGAAACAGGCGAUACGUUAGCUUUUGGUUUCGAAAAAAAGACAUCACACAUUCUUAUAUAUAGAAAAAAAUAAAAGACGUGUUUUUCGGACGACAAUAAUAAAAAAAUAUUGCAACUACGAGAAAAACCAACGCAGUAACGAGAAAAUAGCUGUUCGUUUCAUAUUAUGCUACGGCGUAUAACAACGGUUUUUGGUCUUAUUUCUUUCGGUAGGUAUUGAAAAUAAUAUACUAUUAACGUCAAACUGAUUGUACUACAUUUUUAAUGUCAAAAAUAAUUUCGCGUUUUAUUCGUGAAAAACUUAAAUCAGACGUGACGUAAAACAACGCCGACAUUACUUUCGACUCAAGGGGAUUGUAUACCGAUAUUUUCACUCUUUUUUAACACACGCACACACACUCAUUUAUAUAUAUUAUGCAAAAUAGCUGUUCAAAUCAAUUUUUCCUUAAUCAGUCCGAUCGAUUCAGCGAAACGAUAUAAUAACAAAUUCUGUAUAACACAUCACCAUCUUGAUGGGGAAAAGGGACGCUUUAUGCACCCAUGUGUAUAUCCACCCAAAUUAAGCUUGGAGAUGUACAAUUUUGUGUAUGCAUGGUGGAAGUAUAUAAAAGACCUCUAGUGGUUUCAACUUUCAAACCUCUUCCCAACUAUAUUUAUACAUAUAUUUUACGGUUUCACAGAAAAAACUUGAAUUUUAAGUAUACCCUCACAGAAUCAUCAAAGUAAGUCACUUGGUUAAAAUGCGUAUCGGCUCUGCAAGUUAUAUUUUAAUAUAAAUUCGAAAACCGCCUCUCACAGUAUAAAAAAAACACAGACAUACUUCGCAAGAUGGGUGGGUCACCGUUGAAGAUAAAUCAUUGGAUAGGUAGGAUAUAAAGUGGAAUUCAAUUUACGCAACGGUUAAUAAUUGCUAACGAAAAACGAUUCUGAGUUCAGAGUUCGGUUAUAAAUGUUUUAAAAGAUUGUAAUAUUUACAAUUUUCAUCAAAAUUGUGUUAACACUAAAAUUCUUAUAAAUAGAAAUACUAUAUUACACACAAUUUUUUUUCCACAAAAUACGACUUAUAAUAAACUUCGCCCAUUAUAAAGAACGUUAAAUUGUCAAGCAUUUCAGUUUGGCCAAACAAUUUUGUUAAAAUAGUAUCUACCGAAACAAAAUUAAAAAUAAUACGUUUCCCGGUUUUUCUGCAUUAUUUUGAAAAUCGCUUGGAAAAUCAUUAAAUGAUCUCUUAAAGAAGAUACCACCUAGGAAAUAAUUUCCUUUCGGAAAAAGUGCUGCACUUGAAAAUCGAAGCAAGAUUUCUGGUAGAAAGCUGUUUACAGAUGAAAAAAAAAAAUAAGCAUCGUUGUAACACCCAAUACAUUCCUCACUUCACUCAGAAUCUAAAAAACAAUAACGGAUUCAAAUUUCACUCACGCAUUUUUCACGAUUUAAUCGUUUUUAGGGCGUAGGUACUAUGUGAAUAAAUCCCGUUUAUUUUUCCGAUUUCGUAUACGGACCCCUGGAAACGUAUUAUUAUUCGUACGCUUUCAUAUCAUUUGAUUAAAUCCGUAUUCCGCAUACGUAUUAUUGAAGAAACAAAUUGGCGUUUACAAGAAUUUAAUAAACGCGCACGCAUUUAUAUUGUAUUACAAUAAUAUCGUGACUGCAGUCGAGUGUGCCGAAAGCCGUCCACCGCGAAAAAUAUAUGCCUAUAUUAUGUUAUUUGCUGACUGCUGACUGACUUCGAAUCGGAAUUUAUACCUUGUAAACUAUUUAUCAAUAUAUAACGAUAAUAACAAUAAUGAAAAAUAUAGAGCGCGCCGGAAUUUCGUGACCGAUAAUAAAAAUCCGAUGGGCGCGCGAACGAGGGAAAUCUCAAUACCGUCGAAUAUUAAAAAAGAAUAAAAUAAACAAAUCGGAGUUAGUACUUAUAUAUACAUGUAUAGGCCAUAAAUUGCUCGGAUGCUGCGACGAUACCUGCGAUAUAAGACUAUAAUAAUAAUAAUAUUAUUAUAAAGCGAUUCCGAAUAAAAAAUUAUAAUCGUAAUAUAACGUCGUUAAUACGAUAAAAUAUAUCUACGGUUUGAAAAAAAAAAUAUAUUAUUUUUGUCCGACGCGAUUCGAUUCGCGGAGAAUUUUCAUUUUAUUUAUCAUUGUCCAUUAUACAUGCGUGCACACACGCACACAAAUCGUUUAAUGAAAAUAUUCGUGCAUAGCAGUCGUCAAUAAUAACAAAAAUGAUAAUUAUUCGCAUAUAUUAUUACGAAUAAAUUUAUAAAUAUUGAGUAAAUAAUAAUUUAGUUAUUAUAGUAAAAUCGAAACGAGCGCGAGAGUAAUGAUGACAAUAAAUUAAUAUUAUCAUAAUAUUUCGCGAAAUAUCCCGUAAGUAAUAUAAGAGCAGGUAUAUAUUUUUGAAUAAAUAUUUUGAUAAAAUAUAUUCACGCGACAUCGGCAAUGAAUAAAUAUCAGAGAAAAACGAUCCUUCGGAUAUUAAAUUUGAAUAACGGUUGUUAAUUUAUACGGAAUUAAUAUCGUAUCGAGUUAUCUAUAGCAGUUUAUUCGUAUAAUAUAAUUAGUGUUGGGUUUUUUUUUUUUUUUUUUAAGACCAGCGUUCGUUAAAUUUCCCGACAGAUUCGCUUGUAAUUAUUCAACAUAAAUACGUUCGUCGGGAUCUCGGCUGGGAUUGUGUGAUACUUUCAACGCCCUCUGAUAAUUUCCCAGAUCACUAGUGCGUCCUAAAUGAUCUUUCGGGACAAUUUUCGAACUUUUUCAAUGUUUUUUGAGGUAAACAGUUGGUCCUAUUCAUAGGAGAAUGAAUAACAAUUUUAAUUGAUACGCCCAUAAAUAUUUAUUAGAAACGUAUACAAAUAAUAUUUACAAAGUUUAGCUAUGACAACUCUAACUUUGACGGAGAGGGUUGUCUUUUGUACUGGUAUUAUUUUUUUUUUUCUAAGUUUUAUUAAUUAACCAUAGUACAUAGCACAUAGAUUCAAAAAGUAUAGAAUUUUAUUUGUAAAAAAUAAAAUUGUAAAUCAAAAAGUACAUUGAUAGAAUUUUUUGUAAAUCCAUUAUUUGACGAAUGAUCGAUGAUACAAAUAAAUUAACAGCAUCAUAGUUUAAAUAAUGAUUUUUGGUAAAGUAGUUUAUUUAAAGUUUUUUUUAUGUUCUGAGUAGUGAAGAAUAUAUUGGUUUUACAAAGACGUUUAUUUUGUUUUUGUUGAAAAAUUCUACCAUAAAUCUUGCUUCGAUGUAUAUAAUGUAGAUCUUUUUCUGAUAGGAUAUUUUCCUAGGGUAUUUCUUUAGGGAGGUAAUUUUUCAAUUUUCCUAAAAGUUUUCCCAGCAAAUGUGAAAAAUCGGGAAAGAACAUGUAAAAACCGGGAAAAUCGGAUCAAUAUUAAACAAAUAUUAUUAAAAAAAAUAUAUAAUGCCUAUUUAACUAUUUUAUCACAAUAAGACAUAUAUUAUAUUGUUAACAAAGCAUCACUAUCAACUGAACUCUGCUCAUAAUCGUUUUUUCAUUAGCAAUGGUUUAUCGUAGCUUACAGAUAUACACUAAAUGUCCCCUCCUCUGCUACCUUCCUAACUUCAAUUUAAUGUAUUUAAAAUUCUUCUGCAUCCUACCUUUUCAAUUUCCCAUCUACAACAGUGGCUGCACCUAUCCCCAUUAUCUUAGGACAGCUUUUUUUUUUUCAUUUUCAAUCAUUAUUUUUAAGAGAUUUUUUGGUAUGGUGUUGUUGUGGCCUAUCCGCGGUGCGAAUUAUAUCCAACACUUUUCGAUAUUUUAAAUUUGUUUUCGCACGUAUACCGUCAGAAAACAAUCGAUUUGAAAAUGUUCAGUAAAAACAAUUAUUAUUCGACAUGUUCGAGGUACAUUAGUCAUUUCGGGGCGUGAACCACGUCGUCGUACCCGCGGGAUGGCGCGAAACUGAUUUUGGAUUCACGUCGUGACUGCAAUAUAACACGUCAGGCAUUAUACAGAAUUUCCAUUCUACACACAAUAUCACAUAUAUAUAAAAUACAUAUAAUAUAUAUAUAUGUAUAAAAAAUACAUGUUGGAUUAUUUUUGACAACUUAGAAACUAAAUAAAAAUAAUAUUAUUAUCGAUAAUUAUUUGACGAUAAAACUUAAUGGUUUAUUUAUAAUUUUUUAAUUAUAAGUCAGCAGUGUUUGGAUUAGGUAACUAAAUAAUUAUCUGGAUAAUGAUAAAAAAAUUCGAAUAUAACUAGUCGAAAAUAGAAGAUAAAUGCGUUUAUAUCGAAAUAAAAUAAAAGAUUAAUUAAUUAAUUCCUAUGUUAAAACACGGAACUACAGCGAAAUGGGAAAAUUCGUAGAUAUUUUUAAACUUGAUAAAAAAAAAAUUAGCUCGAUUGUAAAAAGUUCACUCGUCAAGUCAAAAAGAUAAAAUCCAAAUUAACUUUAAUUUAAUCUAGACCGACGAAUUGUAAUUGACGUGUGUAAAUUUAAUUUGAUUACACAUUAUAGAACUAUUGAAGUUAUUUUAAUAAAAUUGAUAAGUUGUACUGAAGAAAGAACCAUUAUCUGGCAAAGUCAAAGACUUGAAAUAAACUUAGUUUAGCAACAUAACUUAUUUAUUAACUCGUUAAUUUACCUAUUCGAGUAUUAAUUUGGAUACUAAUUGUAUAUUUUCGCAGCUAAUUUUCGUAGCAGUCGGCAUCCUAACAGUCGAGGUCGAUAGCAAUUUUUUGGAGGAUAUGGCAAGUUCCGCCGGAUCGUUAAUUAGAACAGUUUCCAAGUAUGCAUUUACCGUGAUAAAUUAUAAUAAUUAAUAAUUUUAAUUUUUGUAUACAGGUAACUUUUUUUAACCAACAAUGUUUUCGGACAAUUUAAAGUAGAUUCGAUUUCUGUUUUUCUUUAAAGCCGUUAAGUAUGGCAAUUAUUAUUUAAAUGAGCAUUAUUAUUUUUACACUGUUUUUAAAUAUUCUUCCCUAUAAUUCAGUAAUAUCUUAAAAGUUAAUAUUUUAUUUAAAAAAAAAUAAAAACCUUAACCACUUAUCAGCAUGAAUUUGGAAAAAGAAUCCGGUUUGAAAGGAAAAAUGGGAGGUUUGCCAGUUAAAAAUCUAAAUUUGACAUACAUUAUGUUAUUUUUGGUAUGUGGAUUAUUGGAUUAUAAUAUCAUACCUAAUAGUAUUAAAAAUAUAUUAAUCGAUCCUAGUAAAAUAAAUGAAAAACACUGAAAUCGCGGUUUUACAAGAAAUAAUCGUAGAUAACUACUAUUAUAAAAUUGUUAAAUUGAAAAAAAAAUAAUUUCGUGUGUUAUAGUUUUAUUUAAAUAUUGUCUAUUUACAACAAAUAUUUGUAUACGUUCGUUGAAUACUUUUUAUAUAUUUUUAUAUAUACUUUAAAUGUACAGGUUGACAAUUAUACAUUUUUCUUUUUAACGGUUUUAACUAAUGUUAUUUAUUUUAAUUUAUGAUUAUUUUUAUAUUAAUUCAAUUGUGUUAAAAAAAAAAACAUCAUAAUACAUUUUCCAUUGUAAAAAUAACAAUAGCGUCUACCUACCCCUGCAUACAUGUAAAUAUAUACUUACGCAAUAAAAUAUGAUCUAUUUUCAUAAGAUACCGAAACUCAUUUGUUUAUCAAUUUUAAUAUCUCGCAAUAUUGUUUUUAGUACACGGGUGUUAUUAUUAUAAUAAGUAUUUAAUUCGAAAUUUGAUUUUUUAAUGGACGUUGACCCAAUUAAACGUUAAACGUAUUUUCCAUAGGUAUAAUUAAUAAAACAAACAGCAUUUAUGUAUAUAUAUAUGUAUUGUAUGUAUAGUGUUUCUGUGAAUAAUUGGCCCUUUGUAUUUUCAUUUUACAUUUUACUAAUUUGCAUUUAUUUUUUAUUUUUUUAAGUAAACAAUACUAUACCCAUUUAGCUCGAAUACACAAUGCAAUAAAUCGAUAAUAACAAAAUAAAUUAGGUUCUCUGAAUUUAAAUUAAAACUAAAAUUUUGCUAAGAGUAAGUGUGAGUGUACGCCAUUAUUAACAAUUAUAUUAUUACUCUCGUUGUAGAAUCGAAAAUUUCCCAGGAAUUUAAUUUUAAUUUUUUCGUUUUCUUCUUCUUCCUUUUUGGUUUCGAUCAGUUAAUGCGCUGAAUAUGAAUACUAACAAAUACACUUUUUGCCAUGUGACUUUUUUAGUUUUUAUUUUCUUUAUAUCUCUUUUAGUGCAAUCUUCCUAACUCAACCGCAGUCUUUUUAGAGACCUUUCUCUAACCUUUUUUAAAGCCUUUCAUUAAGCCAUGUUUCCAUUAGGCAUAUUUCGCCUACAGCAAUUUUCUUUUUCUAAUACGCUUUAAUACAUAUGUGACUGUUAAUAAUUGUUUUUAAAUUCGUUGUUAUGUAAUUUUCUCUGUCUACCCAUGUGGACAUCAAAUUACAUCUUAUAUAUUUUCCUGGGCAUUUUUCUCUCAAUUACCGCCAUACUUCAUUCUUAGGUUUUUCUCAAAGGUCACAUUUCAGCUCUAUAUACACACUCCAACGUAUUUUUAACCGCUAGAAACAUCUUUGAAAAUUCUUUUGACAAUUGGAAUUUCCCUGAAAGUAGCUAUGUGAUUUUGAUGUAUUGAACCUUUGUAAAACUUUACCUUUCAGUCCAAUACCCAGAACUACAGAAUCACAAGAUCUGAAGAAUACAGGUGUUUAAAUUAUUUUUACCAGCCAAAAAUUGUUGGACUACAAAAGAUAUGUAUGUCACAAAGCGUUUUCGUGAUGUAAAAAACAGUUAUUUUCUCAUUUUCAGGACUUAUUAAAUGAACUAAGCCCUAAGUAGUUUCAAAAAUUUCAAUAUAAAAACAUGAAUUAACUGUUUGUCGCUAAGAACUCUCAGUGAAUACCUAUCAUUAUCAAAAAAAGCAAUUAAGAUGGUCUUCAAUUUUAAUUUGGUAAUAUAUGAUUUAUUUAGGUUAUUUGUUUUCUGUACCAUUCUUAACUGAAAUUUUGUCUCUAUAAAAUAAGCGAAAAUAUAAAUUAUGCAGCUUUAAUUAUAAUUUGUGUAUACGUUCGUGAAAUUAAUACUUGUAGAAGGAAAAUAUAGUUUUGUUAAAUACCUCGAUAAUCAAGAAAGGUACUGAGUAACAAAUCUGAAUAUAAAUUUAAUUAUUUUUUGCUCUGAUCUUAUCAGUGCUAAAAAUGAUUACUAUUAGUAUAAUGAAAUAUUUUUUGGUGUCUUCACUUUAUAUCGUUUUUCUUUCGUUGUGCUCUUAAAUCUAUUUUAUAAAUAUUUUUUUGAAAUAUUAUCCUAGAGAAAUAAAUAAAUAAUAUAAAAUAAUCGAUUCUAUAUGGUAUAAUGUGUCGGCGCCCUUCUUUUGCCCGAUUCUCUAUGCACUAUUCUCUGAUCCGCUAUCGCCCAAGCCUUGGGCACGAGUAGAAGGAGGGAACUGGAUCAGGCAUAAGCAUCGAUGCUCUAAAAGUGGAUAUUAUUAAUACUAUAUAAAUAUACGUAUAUUAUGUUAGAUAUAAAUGUAUUUUUUUUUAUGUUUUAUAACAAUACUAUUAACUCGGUAUUAUUUAUUAAUUUUACAUCAAAUUUUCUAUUUUUAUCCUCCCAUUGGCACGUAUUUGCUGUCACACGAGAUUCCUGUCGCUUUUGUCUUUCGCGUCCUUUAUCCGGUUCGAAAUUAAACGUUCUGUUAUCGAUAUUGUAUUGUCAUGAUAACGGUAUUUGUUUACGGUGUCGCAGGGCGCCUUCGAUGAUUUUGGACGGCACGCAGUCGUUAACGACAAGCGCGGCGCGCGCACUUCGCCAGAUUAAGCCGGUGAAACCGUUUGUGGAUGUGGCCGCCGGGUCCGUGACCGGCGUCUUGGGCACGGCCAGCCGGAUUCUGGGCAAGUCGGUGACGGAGCCGCCCAAGGUGAUGUUCCUGUACAAGCGGCCGAUAGAAAAGUACGGCACGUCGCCCGUCUACAGGAAUGCAGUUAACGCAGUCCUUGGCCUGGCCCUGGCGAAUAUCGUCUAUCACAACAGUGAAGUGCAAGGCAAUCGCGUCAAGAAGCCCGAAGCCACGCCCGUGCUCGCGAAACUCGAGCAGAGGCUAUUGACUCUCGGGGUGCCGAAGUGUGACAUCGAUGACAUCGUCAAGGUGUUGGGCUGCAACGGCAAGAUAGACGCACCCAAAGAAAUCAUACCCAAGGUCCGUAUAGCGAACGGUUUUUUAGAUUUUGUAUUCAUUUUUUUUUUUUAACAAUAUUUUUAGAAAGCCAGCAAAGCGAUUAUAAUGAAAUUACGAUAGGGCUUUGAUCACCGCAGCUAAUGGUCGUUAUAGGCAUUUAAUUUUUAAAAAAGAAUCAGUGUAGCAUACUCGGGGGAAACGAAAUGUAACAUAAUAUAUUUUAGUUCAUUUCCACGGAAAAUAAAAUUAUGUAGACGGAGUAAAUGAGAUUUCGUGGCAAUUUAGUGUGCAGUUUGGCGUCGUAAUUGUACGGCAGAAUAAACAGUAAUUUUUUUUUUUCAUUCCUACGAAAAAAUUUAAUUCUUGCGAAUUGAUGAAGACGAAUAUAAUAUAAAUUAUAUUGUAAUAAACGUUAUUUAAAAUAGUAUUGUCCGUACUAAAUUACAAACGCGUAAUAAUGUUUUAUAAUAAUUCUUAACGAGUGCUCAAAAGAGUGGAAACAUUUUUACCGUUUUAUUUAAUAUCUAAAGAAAAAAAAACGUUGACAAAUUACGGUUUGAGCGACAAGACGAUGAGACGACGAUGAAAGUUAUAUUAUUUUUUAAAACUAUAAAUGUAAAUGAGGUAGAAAAUAAAAAAAAAACAUUUCGGUACAGUUAAUCAUUUUUUUGCCGUUUUUAAGACGUUAUAUUAUAAUAAUUUAUAAUAAAUUUAAUAUACACGUAGGUACCUAUAUAUAAUGAAGUCGGAAAACGACACCCGAUAAAAAAACGUCUGAUGAUAAAUCAUUUGUUCGGGAUGAUUUUUUUUAUUAUUAUUAUUAUUACAUUGUCAUCUUCGAUAUGUUUCAGUGGGAAAACCCUGUUUACGCUAAUAACAGACGAACGUAUCUUUUGGAAAGAAUUUAGAGAUGAAAAGUCUAACCGAAUAUCUCGUACAUUACACUACCCAGCCCAUUUUUGGAUUUUGGGAAUAUCAUUGAUAUUGUUCAUUUUUUUGUUAUUUUUCAAAAUUUGUUUGGAUUCCUUAAGGUUAUAUAUUCGAAAUACUGUUCAAUUUUGUAUAUUUCCCAACAUAAACAAAUUAAAUGUUGAAAAUGCAUACACUUGUACAAUGUACGAUGAUCAUAUAAUGUAAUACUUAUGUACUACACUCACUAAUUUUGAAAACACAGGCUUAUAAUUUGUACACAAAAAAAUAAAGAGAAAAAUUUACUUAAGACAAAAUGAUCAAAAACAAAUUUUAAAAUUGUACUCUUUUUCUUCCCUGGGACUAAAGAUACAUAAGUAAUCCGCUACUUUUGGUAAUUUCUAGAAACUUUCGUCAGACCAGAUGAUUUCAAACUUAAGAAUUCCAGGUUGUUUUAUAGACAGAUUAAAGCGAUGUUGGGUUGAAUUUCAAUAUGAAUUUCAUUAUAUUUUUGUGGCAGAAGGAUAUUUCUUUAAACACUCCUACAAACUUCAUAUGAAGCUAGGAGGAUGAAAUUUCGUAUAUGUAUGGCAUUAGUGUCAAGGAUGUGUCUUCUAGAAGUUGAAGUUUUAAAACCCGCUCCUGCCAUUAGUAUACUCGAAUUUGACCAUUUGUUUUUAAAUAUUUAGUAAGUUAGAGUACAAUUUAAUAUUCGACUCUGGCGGCGGAAAUCUACAGCUAACGGAUGUUUCUAAAAAAUAACAACCAGAAAAAUACGCAUACACGAAAAAAAAAAGUUUUCCUCUAAAAUAUGUAUAAUUUAUUUUACAAUAGAAAUUACAAUAAUUACAAACUUUACAAUAUUUUUCUCUAAAAAUAACUAUCUGUUACGCUGUUCCAGCAACGAUUCGCUGUUGUUUAGAGUUUAGAUGUUAUGAACUCAAUUGAAAGUUUGUUAUUUGUAUUAUUAUUAGAUUAUUGUAUUCGGUUAAAAUUAGACAUUUACUUUAUAACACUAAAUUAUAUUAAUUCGUUUUUUUGGUUGUAGUUAUGUGUUUUACCGUGAUUUUCAAUUUUCAUCUUAGUUUCUAUCACUACAAUAUUAACCUUUAUUGCCUUUAUUGCCUUUAUUUAAAAAAACAUUUUCUUGCCCGUAAAUAGCUGUUCCGCUCAGCUUUACACAUGUGCAGUAUUAAACGAUUCUUUUUUUCUGAGUUUCUGAGAUUUGCCAUUUAAUUUCAUAUUUUAUACAAAAUAACUUUAAAUAUAUCUUAUCAUAACUUUUUUAAUAUUCGUAACAAAUGGCUUCCCUAUACAUAAUCAAACAAAUAUUUGAGCCGAAAUGAAAUUUAUGUAUGAGCAGCCUCGAAAAAAACAAAGCUACAAACCCUUUACGAGUCUCAAGAAAUUCGUGUGCGAAAUUUGGUAUCAAAUUUGAUUCGGCAGUUUUUGAUUGAAUAGAUCACGAAUAAUAAUUUAUAGUAAAAACUAUAUCUAUAGAUAAUACGAAAGUGAAUUCGAAGAGUUUUGAAUUUAUCGAUUUUUUUUUAAAAAAAUGUCGUUAGUAUUGCUUUACAUAUAACCUCCCGGCAUUCUUUUAACGUGCUCGGAACAACAGACGAAUAUUCUCACGCGACCGCGUAAAUAAUAAAUUAUUGGUAUCGAAUAUAAUAAUAUUGUACGGGUUGGCAAAAAUAAUCAAACAUCCGAAAUUAUUAAUAAUAGGUUUAUCGGUAUACUUGUUAAAUCACCCGAAUAAAAAAAAAAAAAAAAACACUAAUGUUAUUUGUUAUAUAGAUGAUACAUGUCAAAAAACAAAUACAGAGUAAUUACAUAUGUAAACAAAAUAUUAAACACAUUACUGAUUAUAAAAAUAAUAACUUUAUCAUUGACGCACAGGAAGGACGACUCGUUUUAGAGUUCGUUAAAAUUCUUCGAUCAAUUCGUAUUUGAAUAACGCAUAACAUUUUAAUAUUAUAGUUUAUUUUUGACAUAAAAUAUAUGUUUAAGGUUUGUGUAAAUUGUCAACGAGUAUAAAAUCACAACCACAUACUACAACUACGUCGUCGGUCGCGUGAAAUUAUUUUACACUUUCCAUAAACACCCGCGAUUUAAUUGAUAUUUUUCAAAAAAAAAAAUUUCUUUCAGAAAAAUAUGCGAUUUGAACGUAUCUCAGAGAAAUGUGAAAUUCAAAGCACAUUUUACUUGAUAACCAAGGCAAAUGAUCCCAUUGGAAAAAAAUACGUUAGAAACUAAUUAUUUAAAUAACUUGUCACAAAACAAUAAUUACUUACUCGUAAUCGUUAUUAAGAGCGAACCUAAAACCUACUAUUUAUUUUAUAACAAGUCAACGAAUAUUUACUCCGCUGGUUUAGAAAAAUCAGAGUGUAAAUAAAAAAACUUAACCUACUUGUUGGCCAGACCUCAUAACACUCCAAGAAACACUAUCAUAAUAAUUAAUUAUAGAUCGAUUUGUGUGAUAAGAUUAAUUUACUCAAUAAUUAUAACAAAUAACCUAGCAUAACUCUGAAACGACAUAACCGCGGUAUACGUAGUAUUACAUCCGUGUCCUGUAUAUCUGAUAAAUGAUAGCAAAGAAUUAUUGAAAAUUACAAGGGAUACAUAAUUUAAAUUUUUUAUCUCAUAAAUGAGCACGGUGGUUAACAUAAUAAUUACCGUACCGAAAUAACACGGAUAGGUACAUAAUUAUAAUAUUAAUACCAUCGUAAUCGUUUCAUAAAUACUACACUGAGCCGUUGUUUCUAAAUAGUACUAUACAUCGUAAAUCCGUCGGCCGUCAUUAAUCAUAUCCUGCACCCCAUGUGUAUGUAUUUAUAAAUAUAUAUUUAUAAUUCACUCAAAUUUUUCAAAAAACGUUUGCCUUUGACGUAGGUAUAUAAGAGUAUUUCGCAGAGCGGUUCGCGGGUGUAUUCAUAUAAUAAUAGAGUCUGUAUACAGUGUUGCCCAAUAACAAUACGUCAACAUUACAAAUUCGGAGCGCGCGCUCGCGAUUUAAUUAAAGUGGAGCCCGAAAUUAUAUUAACCCUGCACUGCCUGCCGUGGCAUUUCGUAUACGAGAUUAACCGGACUAAUAAUAUUAUAGUCCGUUAAUAAAAUGCACGAGCAGUGGCGGCAGCACCGUGAAAUAUCGUACUUAAAUCGAGGAACACAAAUCCCCAAAACGCAAUUACGGUGUAAAUAAUACGACGCACCUGCACCACCGCCGCCGCCGACUUAUGAUCGUUUCAACGACUCCUGCAGCAGUAUUCGCGGUUGAAUAAUCUAAAGCGAUUAUUUAACGAAAAUACCGACGUCUUGACAAUAAUACCGACAACGACGACCCCGUAUAUGCUUACACGGUACACAUAUUUUAUUAUUUUUAUUUCAACACGAGAACGAUGUCGUGUAUAGUUCGUUUAAAAAAUAAAAAAUUGCAAUAUCGUUUUGUAAGUAAGUACUAAUAUCGGAAGUUCGAUAACUCAAAUUCGUAUUUCAUAUAAAAACAAUAAUCUCGAGAACUUUCUUCAAAGAACUAAAAUAUACAAUAAUGUAAAUUCUAUGCCCAAACCGAAUGAAUAUCGGUGAUUAAAAUACAAUGAUGAACUUCGAAUUGAGUUCCGAAGACCCUGGUAUGGUUAGAGAGAUUACUAAAUUAAGAUUGACGUGGGACUAUGAAAGACUAGGGAGCCUGAGUCUUUGUAAGACUCCGAAAAGAUUUUUAAGAAGACAGAGGUUAAAUUAGAGAGAUUCUCUUAAGAUAGACUCUCCAAAAAAUGGAAAGAAUCUGCAGAGAACAAGAAUGAAAACAAGCAGAUGAAGAGAAGAAAAAUUCGUGAGAUCAUAAUGAAAGCAUCUUUCGGUUUAUACAAUUAAAAACCACAGUGCAAUCAAAAUAAUGGGAAUACAUAUUAUAUUUUAUUUAUUCGAUUGAUUUGUAAUAUCGAAAGUAAAAUUCGAUUGGUUAUCAAUAAUAAUGUGAGUUUUUUUUAAUCAAUUAAAACAUUAUUUUCCCCUUGUAAAUUGUAUUUGUUAAGUGGGAUUUAUAAUUAUUAUUUUAAUUUUAAUAUAAACUAUUUUGUUUUGAUAUUUAUAUUCAAUAUAAACAAUGGUUAUAAUUUAAUAAUAUACGUGAAUAAUUUAAAUAGGUGAGUUUACCGUUAUUUAUUUUAUAGGUUAUGGGUAUACUGAAAACUCCCUACGGGGGGUAUAACAAAAACGGUCCUAUUCAGGAAAUUCGCUGGAUUGCGAGACACCCAAAAGGUUUCUACGAGCUGAGCGACCUGGAGAAGACCGACUACAAUUUGAAGGUGAAAGGGAAGUACUCCAAUUGUGCGGUAUUACAACUACCGGAUUUCUUUAAAUCUACGAACAAAAAAGCCGGUAGUCCCAAAAACCCGUAAUAAUAAUAUAUUUAUGAUACUCCACGUCAUGAGUUAAUUAUCGAACGUUACAAAACUUUUGAUAACAAAAAAAAUUAUGUACGAUAUUUAUUAUGUUUAUAAUGUUUAUAAAACAAUAAUAAUUAGCGUUAUUGUAUUUUUGAUAAGUUUUAUCAAUAGAAAUGUGUAAUAAUAAUAUAUCGGUCGAUAUUUAAUAAUACUGGUCGAUAAGCGUUACUUUUUUUAACUAUCAGUAUAGCGACA